GAUGCGAGCAGUCAGGGCGACAGAGCGGCAGUAGCAGCAGCAUCCCCCCAGCAAGUCCAGGAGAGGGCUCCCCGCCCCGCUGUCCCCUCCGCUACUUCCCAUUCACUCCCCUCUCUCCCAUCCCAAUCAUUCCGUCCGACUCCCAAUCGCACGCCAUCGAUCGGCUUCUUCUAUGAAACCAACCAAUUGAUCUGUCAGUCGGUUACCUUGGAGCAAGUUGCGCACAAUGUCCCGGAGGAAGCAGAGCAAACCCCGGCAAAUCAAACGGCCCCUGGAAGAUGCUAUUGAUGAUGAAGAAGAAGAUUGUCUCUCUGAGGAAAAUGACCUUGUCUCCAAAGAAGAUUUUCCAUUGGAGGAAAGCUUUGCAUCAGAGUUCGAGCCGGAGAACAUGAGCUGUGAGGAUGUGGAGUUUUUCUGUAAUAAAGGGGAUGAAGAAGGCAGCCAUGGUACAAAUGAGUCAGAUGGGGAAGUGCAAACAGAAAAAAAGAGUCAAACCAAAACAGAAUCGGAAGGCUGGGAUGGACCAGGAGAGCUGGAGCUGUGCCAGAAGGACGGCGAGCGCAGGAUCCACACUCGCCAGCAGCUUCCACUUGGAACAACUUGGGGGCCGUUCACUGGCAAGAUGGAUCUAAAUAAUGAGAGCAGCACUUUGAAGACAAAGCCUCCUGUUCCAGUUUCCCUGACAGAUGGUCCAAAAUGGCUGCUCGAUGUGACUUGGCAGGGUACAGAAGACAACAAGAACAAUUGCAUCGUGUACAACAAAGGAGGACAACUGUGGUGCACGACUACCAAGUCUAUCGCCGAGGGGGAAGAGUUAAUUGCCUUUGUUGUGGAUUUUGACUCAAGGCUACAAGCUGCCACUCAGAUGACUCUUACUGAGGGAAUGUAUCCGGCGCGCUUGUUGGACUCAAUACAACUGCUUCCUCAGCAAGCUGCUAUGGCUUCUAUAUUGCCUACAGCCAUUGUGAACAAAGACAUUUUCCCGUGCAAAUCCUGUGGCAUUUGGUAUCGAAGUGAACGAAACCUGCAAGCGCACCUCAUGUAUUACUGUAGUGGAAGGCAAAGGGAAAAUACUCACCUACCGGAAGAUAUGGAAGAGAAUACCCACCAGAUAUCCAGUAUAUGUCCCUUCCCACAGUGCACCAAAAGCUUCUCAAACGCAAGAUCUUUGGAAAUGCACUUAAAUUCUCAUAGUGGUGUUAAAGCUGAAGAGUUCCUGCCCCCGGGGGCCAGCCUGAAGUGCACCGUUUGUAACUACACUGCUGAAUCUGUCAUUAACUUUCACAAGCACCUGUUCUCCCAUCUCACUCACGCGGCCUUUAGAUGCAAUCAGUGCCAUUUUGGCUUCCAGACUCAGCGGGAACUGCUGCAGCACCAGGAGCUUCAUGUUCCUGGAAGUAAACUGCAACGGGAACCUGACACAGACCACUCUCCCAGUGGCAACGAGGCCAAUGCACUACAGACGUCGGAGCUCUUGAAUAAAAAUGGGGUUCUACAAAGCCAAAAGGCUGCACAGAAUAAAGAGGCAAGCUCCGACAGCGAGCUGGAUAAGUGCGAAAAGAAGCAGCAUGUUUUCCUUUCCAACCAGAGGCCCGAGGCAACACAUAAGAACGUCUUUUCCUAUACUAAAAUAAAAUCUGAGCCCUCUAGCCCCAGACUGGCAUCAUCCCCUGUGCAGCCUACACUUGGGCCUUCAUUUCCUAUGGGACCUUUUCUUUCCCAGUUUGCUUUCCCUCAUGACAUAACGGUGGUCCCACAAGCUUCGGAAAUACUUGCUAAGAUGUCUGAACUGGUACAUAGGAGACUAAGACAUGGCAGCAAUAGUUACCCCCCUGUCAUUUACAGCCCCUUAAUGCCAAAGGGGGCAACAUGCUUUGAGUGCAAUAUUACCUUCAACAAUUUUGACAACUACCUGGUCCAUAAAAAACACUACUGCAGUAGCCGUUGGCAGCACAUAACAAAAUCUGAUUUUGCUAAUGUCACAGAGAAGAACCCAGAAGCUGUGAGUCCUUCCAAUGCCCAGAACACCGUCAAUAUCCUUAACUCAUCUCUCCAUUCUUCUGACACCGACAAUCAGCUUCUGCAAACACCUUGCAUCAACUCUGGCGCUAUGUUAGAACUCCUAGGGUCGAACGCUAAGGCUCGAGAGAAGGAUUUUGCAGCAGAAGUUAAAAAGUUAACAGGGGGAAGUCCCAGUGAUGAAAAAGUCAACGGCAAACCCGACGAGGUUAAAAAUUCCACCACACCACAAACAGAUGGGGACACUAGUGACCCGAACAAAACUACGUGCGAAGCCUGCAAUAUUACGUUUAGUAGGCACGAGACAUUUAUGGUCCAUAAACAGUAUUACUGUGCAACACGUCAUGAUCCCCCAUUGAAAAGAACCGCUGCAAAUAAAGUGCCUGCCAUGCAGAGAACUAUGCGCACCAGGAAACGGAGAAAGAUGUACGAGAUGUGUCUUCCUGAGCCAGACCAGAGGCCACAGUUAGUCCAACAGCAUUUUCUCCAGGUGACGACGAACCUUGGCAACGCCUGCACAUCGGCACAGGAAUCGGCUGAGGGACUGGGAGAAUGUUUUCAUCCCAGGUGCGAUAUCUUUCCCGGAGUUGUUCCAAAGCACUUGGAAACAUCUCUUUCUAUUAAUAAAUGUGUCCCUGUUGUGAAAUGUGACACACCCCAUUCAGCUGUUUCCUCUCUGGAGACGGACGCACCAAUAGACCUAAGCAAGAAAUGUUUAGCUCAAUCCGACCAAAUAUGCACGUCUCCCAAACGACUUUUGGACUAUCACGAAUGCACCGUGUGCAAAAUAGGUUUUAACAAAGUGGAAAGCUACCUAACUCACAAGCAAAAUUUUUGCCCUGUCACAGCAAAUCCACGCGGUGACAUGGGCCAACUUGAGAAUAAAGUUUUCCCCAACCCCGAGAGCGAAAGGAGCAGCCCCGAGGCCAAUUUUGAUAGAAACGUCAUCAAAUGUGAAAAGACCAGAAACUCCAAACAGUUGUCGCCUAAUGGGAACUUGUUUUCUACGCACUUAGCAACUCUUCAAGGUCUUAAAGUCUUCAGCGAGGCGGCCCAGCUUAUCGCCACAAAAGAAGAAAACAAAAAUGCGUUUUUUUCACAAUGCCUUUACCCCGGAGCAAUAAAAAAAGCUAAAGUAGCAGAUCAGCUCUCGCCGUAUUAUGGAAUCAAGCCAAGUGAUUACAUUUCUGGUUCUCUUGUUAUUCACAACGCGGAUUUAGAUCAAAGCACAAAUGUCGGAAGCGAGUCUCCCAAAAGCCAGAUACCUUCAAAUAGAUGUUCUUUGAUGAAGAAAGAGUCGCUUCCGUUGUUGCCAAAAAACCGAGGCAUGGUAAUAGUUAAUGGUGGACUGAAACAAGAGGAGAGGCCGGCCGUCAAUUCGCAGCAGGAAAACAUUUCCCAGACUCCUACGCAAGAAGACGGCACCAAAUCUCCAUCUUGGGCCUCUGACAAACCUCUAACGGCCAAUGAAAAUGUAUCUCCGUCCACUCCUUCGACCGACGACCAGCUAUCCAACCUAUCAAAAAAUAUAAACGGCUCCAGUCCAGCUGCUAAUAGUGGGAAGUACUGCCGCUUGUGUGAUAUCCAGUUCAACAACCUCUCAAACUUUAUUACUCACAAAAAGUUUUACUGCUCUUCACACGCGGCGGAACACGUCAAAUAGCAAGAGAUUUAGGUACCAUGGAAACGCGUGUUGUUUCGUGCAGUCAAAUGAAAGAUGCUGCUUAAAUUACAUCUGGACAAUCAGGAUAUCCAUUUAUUCUUAAUGACUUGAAGAUUUACGGUGUUAUUCCAUAACGGUUAUGUGUAAAAGUGUAUUAAUGGUGCCAUUUUAUUUUGGUUCAAGAUAUUUAUUUUACCAGCAGUGUUUAUACGGUUGUACCCAAUGCUGCCCUUCUGCGCUAGAGCCGCGGCUAAGGAAAUAUAUAGCGUGACCAAGUAUGGCCGCCAAGGCCCAGGAGGCAGCGUUGGACCCAACUGCAGCUGUGCUUUUGUUAUUUUUAUUUAAAGAACUUUAUAUUAAAGUCAUUUGUAAUGUUAUUGUAUAGUUCUUGUGUAGCACAUAUGGUUUGCACCUGUAUAGUAGAUUUUAAAUAAUAGAGACACGACAUUAAAAAAAGAAAAAAAAAGAAAAAACAUUUUAGGAAUAGCUUCAAAAGCACUUGUGUAUACAGACUUUCUUUUCCUCUACGCUGUUGCUGAAAGAGUCAAUGUAUGUGUUAAAUUAUAAUAGGCAUAACCAUAUCUCACCCACGGGCCCCAGUGCUAUGAAUAGGAAGCCAUCGUUGCCAUAAAUAACACCAAAUUGUGAUGGAUCCUUAAUAAAUCUGUUUUACAGUAAGCAGGGCUGUCUCUGGGCAUGUUCAAUCCAUUUGAUUCGCAGUUUUACCCUCUAUAGAUCUUCCUUUGUAUAUUUGGUUGUUGCAAUGUUUAAAGGGGCUGUAAGGCGAGCCCAAUAAGUUUCAGGAUUCCGUUUGAUGCAACUUUGCUUUAGCGAUCCAAUAUUUAGUUUCACUUUCCCUAGACUGAGGUGUCCGAGGCUCCACUGCCCAGGAAUUAAAGUGGUUGCUCUUCUCCCUACAGCUGGGGCCAAGCAGAAACCAUUACACAUCGGGGGUCAUUUUGAAGUUCGUGCAGCGCAUAUUUUUUUCCCAAAUGGUUGUUUUGUGCAUGUUUUCCCCUAAACGCUUACAUUUUGCACUGCUG